CUUGGAGAAAAAACCCCAAAGCCUGCAGAAAGCGUCAGAGCAAUACUUCACUGAUGCAACUGCUCCAUUGGCAGUCUAAAGGUACCGAGAAUUGGAGAAAAUGUUCAUUUUGCCGCCAACACCAUUUUGACGACUGUGCACAGCUUUUUCCAGAAAGGAGGAGAUGUGACGAUGACUUAUGUUUAUUAAAUCAGACAAAAAACUAUUCCCAGCUAUCAUCCUCCAGUACAAUGUCUCGAAAUUUCACACCGACUUUCGUGUACCAACGUAAGAGACAACGCAAGAACCCUGAUGCUAUUUUCACAGUGCAUUCAUCCGAUGGAACAACUAAACCAAGCAACGGCUCUCACUCUGCUAUCAGUUCUGAACAAGAGCACGUCGUUCCAAGUUCAGAAGAAGCUGGUUCUGAAGAGGCCUUGACAACUAACGUGGAUGGAGUUUUAACUGCAUGCAGUGCCGAUGAUAAUUGUUCGUCGUCGAAAUCGAAUUUGGAACUCAGUUUACCUUCCUUGAAUAUUGAUAUUGAUGACUCAGGCGAGUGCUCCUCGUCCGGUGCAUUGAAUGCCGAGAAGGUACCGGAAGAGCUUUCCGAAAGAGAUGCAUGCAUUUCGAUUCUCAGAAAUCAGGGACUUCUAGAUAGAAUUUGGACUAGACAGAAUCAAGCUUCUACCGAAAGUAACUACUGCUCGAAGCAAUGCAAAAUCUGCAAGCGCGUGGGAAGCACGUUAAAGAUGCUGAUAUGCGAUAACUGCGAAGAUGCAUUUCACGUUUUUUGCUACAAUCCUCGUAUGACAAUAUUACCGGUGGGUGAGUGGCUUUGUAAUUCUUGCUCGAAAAAGAAGCAUAAAAUACUGAAAGAUAAAUCCGCCGGUAGUUCAGCAUCGGAAGGUGGUGAUUUAGGGUCGUUAGAAAUCAUGUUCAGAGACACCGAGCCGUAUAUGUCUAACGUGCGAAUCGGCGAUGAGUUUCAAUCAGAUGUUCCUAAUUGGUGCGGCCCGAUUCACGAGGAAUGCGAUCAUAUUGCUGAUCUAAUAGAAACGGAUGGUUGUAAUAACUUUAGCACGGAGGAACGAGGUUCUCUCAAAUCUCUAAGGCUAAGUUCGAUCGGUAAUUGGCUUCAGUGUCGAGAGGUCAUUGAAGGCAUUGGAGAAAGUGUCGAUGGAACUGUUUGUGGAAAAUGGCGCAGGGCACCUCUUUUUGAAGUUCAAACUGAUAAAUGGGAAUGCUACCGUUGUAUUCUUUGGGAUCCAGCUCAUGCAGAUUGUGCCGUACCCCAGGAGAUAGACACGGAAGAAGUGAUGAAGCAAUUAAAGUAUAUAGAGAUGUUGAGACCUCGACUAGCUGCAAAAAAGCGUAAAUCGGAUUGUUUGAAGAGUAAUGGUUCUUCGUCGUUAUGAAGAGACGAUCUCCACUUUGGUAACUGGGUAGUGAAGUUUUUGAGUUGCGAAAAUACGCAUUUUUGAGAGGUGCCUUACUGCACGAGUUCAAACUGUAGGCAAUUUUUGAGAAUUCUUUUUGUAUCAUGUAUAUACAUACAUAUCUGGUGUGUCAAUAGCAAUUUUCUUGAAAGGCAAAUGCAAUUGGUAUUCAGUAUAUGGUUAUGAAUACCCUUGGUUAUAGUUUUUGCAACCUUAGUCCAAGGGUACUUUUGUCAUAU